AUGAGCUUGAAAGAAGUAUUCGAACAACAUCCAUGGAGGUCAUUUAAGAAGUUCAAUGAAGCUGCAAAGAGUUGGGGAUUUACUAACAGAGCUGAAGUGAAAAGGUUCUUUGACAAAAAUGUUGUACAUCAAACAAAAAUAAACCCUUACGACUACUUUUUACCAAUUUACUCCAACACUCCUGACGCAUACCAAUUUGACACUCUCAUUCAAAGCAGAAAAGGAGGACAUAAACCAUUCCUCAUCUUCAUUAA